AUUACCUAGCGUUAUGUUUCUUGAAGGUGCCCACAAUCUCAAUAGCAUCUUCUCUUUCUCUAGAAGCUUUCCCCCUUUCUUCUCUCCUUUUCCAACUCAAAAAUUCACUUUUUAAUUCCUUACCUCGUACUCAAAUCAAAGCAUGAAGUCUAUAAACAAUACACAAGUGAUCAAGUUUCUUUAUAGUUACAACGGUAGAAUCAUCCCCCGUCGCUCCGAUGGCAAACUCCGUUACAUCGGUGGGUUUACCAGAGUUCUCUCCGUUGAUAGAUCUAUCUCUUUCUCAGAAUUGAUGGUGAAGUUUGGAGAAUUGUGUGGAUCAUCUAUGAGUUUGAAGUGUAAGUUGCCAAGUGAAGAUUUGGAUGUUUUGGUAUCAAUUAUGUGUGAUGAGGACUUGUUGAAUGUGAUUCAAGAGUACGAUCGAUGUGAUUCGGAGAUGAAGAUUAGAGCUGUUUUAUUUCCACUCAACUCCACAAAAAAAAUCUCCCCUCCGUUAUCGCCUAUGUCGUGCUUUGACUUUCCGGCAACGAGAAUGAAGACUGAAAAGGUCAACUGCUUCUAUUCGCCUCCGUCUUAUGUGGCGGCGGCAGCAAGGUGUUAUGAUUCUCCAGCUUUUGGAUAUCCAGUUGGCGGAAGGAACACUAAGUUUUAUUACCCUAGGCAUCGUUACUAUGUUGCUCCUCGAAACCAUAGCCAUUAGAAAUAAUUAAGAGAAUAAAAUUGAGUUAUUUCAGGACGUAUAUGAGUUGAGCACGUAGACAAAGUGAAGUUCCUCACCACAAAAAAGAUCCCAAAAAAAAAGAAAAAGAAAAAGAAAAUAUAUAUCAAAUGAAGAAGAAUUAUAUACAAUGACAAAUGGCGAUUGAAAUUUGGGUUUGAUGAAUUGGAUUGUACAUUAUUUGAGACUGCAAUUCAAUUCAAUUGUGAGGUGAAUUU